AUGGCCUUCUCGCAGCAAGGGAGCGUUGGUACCGCUUCACGCCCGUCAACAGACACUGCUGUAGCAGAAAUUCCCCGAGAUAUCGUUGAUGAGGAGAAGCCCCCUAUAGAUCUGAACAACAACCAGCCACAAUCCGACCAUGAGGACCAGCAACAUAGCCAGGACAUACUCAACACAGCUUGGGGUAAGCAUGGCAAGACUUACAUGUGGAUAGGUCAACUCGCUAAUGUCCAGAACAGCGAAUUAGACCACGCAACGAUCUACAACUAUCAAAACUAUGCUGCCUCGGAUUUCAGACAGAUCGCUCUCUUAGGAGCAUUGAUGACAGCUGGUACCAUCAUCAGCGCCGUAUUGAAACCUCCGAUUGCUAGGAUAUCGGACGUUGCUGGUCGAGCCGAGACAUACGUUGCUGUGGUCAUUUUCUACAUCAUCUCAUAUAUUCUCUGUGCGUCUGCCAAAAGCUUUGCUCAAUACGCUGGAGGAUAUGUCAUUUAUUGCAUAGGCCAGACUGGCAUGCAAAUUCUCAAUCAAGUCAUCGUCGCGGAUAUUACUUCGUCUAGGUGGCGUGGUCUUGCUAAUGGAUUAGUGAAUCUGCCCUUUAUGAUCAUUCCCUGGGUUUCAGCAUUCAUUGUUGACAGUGUGCUAGCAAAUAUUGGUUGGCGAUGGGGUAUUGGAAUGUUCUCAAUCAUCCUGCCGACCACAUCCGUGGCCGUCAUCAUCCCACUUAUCUGGUUUCAACAUCGCGUUAAGAAAGCCGGUGGUACAGUGCGCAAGGAGAUCUCCGUGGCCGGGUUCUUAACCCAAAUCGACCUGGGUGGGAUGGUCCUCCUUUGUGGCGGAUGCGCAAUGUUGUUGCUACCGAUAGCCUUGGCAGGAAACACUGCCGAUGGCUGGAGAACUCCCUGGGUUCCUGCCUUGAUUGUGCUUGGUGUCUUGUCCUUACUCGGCCUUGUCUACUACGAAGGCCGCGUCGCUGUCAAACCAGUCAUACCGCCACGAUUUGUGCGAAACAUCUCGUUAGUCCUUGCCUUCCUGAUUGGAUUACUUGACGCCUUUGCGUACAGUAUCACUCAUACCUACAUGUAUGCAUGGGCAACAGUUGUUCACGACUUCUCUGCGCGCAAUGCUACUUUCCUCACGUAUACAGCGGGCUGUGUACAAGUCUUGACCGGUCUAGGCACAGGGUUUGUUAUGUACCGCACCAAGAGGUAUAAGUUUCUCCUCCUGUUAGGAAUUAUAGUUCGACUCAUCGGUUACGGCUUUAUGAUGCGCCUUCGUGGUGCUAACAACUCGACCGCGGAAAUCUUCAUCAUGCAGGUCAUCCAAGGAGCUGGAAGUGGAGCAGUGGGGACAAUUGUUAUUGUUGUGGCUCAGGUCGUGGUGCCACGAGAGGAGCUUGCACAAGCUACUGCACUGGAGCUACUCUUCAUCUAUCUCGGGAACAGUCUUGGUUCGGCAAUCGCUGGGACGAUAUACACAAGCCUCUUCAAGGAAAGACUGCGUCACUGGAUGGAACCUUCGACAGCAGCAGCGACUAUCGAUGCGGUGUACGACAAGAUCACUGGUGGAUUACCUGAUCCCGGAACAAGCGAACGGAUGGCCGUGAACCACGCAUAUUCCGACAUUCUGCGGUAUAUGACGAUUGCAGCACUGGUGGCCUCUACCUUACCCAUGAUCAUGAUAUGGUUCUUACCAAAUUUGAAACUGAGUGACAACCACAAUCUAUCCAAGAACUUGACAGACGAACAACGGCCGAAAAGACCCGGGAGGGGGAAAAAUGAGACUUGGCUCCAGAAAUGGCAGCGUAGAGCUCGUUGGUGA